AUGGUUUUAGCUUGGGAUUUAGGAGAGAACUACUGUAGCUGUAGGUAGUAGUAAGUAUACUAUAGGGUAGGGUAAGACUAAUGCUUUGCUUAUGACGAGAGGUAAGGCUAGGGCUUUGGGUUAGGGAAAUGGGGCUAGGCCUCUGGGUUAGGGUCUUGGGCUUUGGAAUCUGGGCUCUGGGCUAGUGCUCUGGGCUAUGGCUUUGAGCUAGGACUAACCCGGACCAGGACCAGGGCCAAGACCAGUACCAGGACCAGGACCAGGACCAGGAUCAGGACCAGGACCAGGACCAGGGCCAAGACCAGUACCAGGACCAGGACCAGGAUCAGGACCAGGACCAGGACCAGGACCAGGACCAGGACCAGGACCAGGGCCAAGACUAGUACCAGGACCAAGACCAGGACCAGGACCAGGACCAGGACCAGGACCAGGACCAGGACCAGGACCAGGACCAAGACCAAGACCAAGACCAAGACCAGGACCAGGACCAGGACCAGGAUCAGAACUAGGACCAGGACCAGGGCCAGGACCAGGACCAGGACCAAGACCAGGACCAGGAUUAGGACUUUUGUGUCAUACACAUUGUUCUAAAAGCUAUCUUCUCUUGCUCUUUAGUGCAUCGGAAUGUCCCGGAUACAAUCAAAAACAGACUGUACUCUUAUCAUUAACGCUAAUGUAUAAUUAG